AUGGCCUCAGCUAGCGAAUCCUCUCCCCUCCUCCCCCAACACAACCAUGCUGCACCUUCCAAUACGUCACCACGAGGAAGCCGGCCUUCACGUACAGUGACAUUCAAUCCCCUCGCUACAGUCAGUACAUACCACGAUUCCACCUCUGCCGACCCGACUUUCAAGCCCAUAACAUCCGGAUCUCUCCAUGGCUCAAAUGCCCCUGCCCAACAAAGAUCGACCGGGCUCUCCGCCCUGAACAGCAAGCUUCGCCGUCGCAACAGCCAUGGAGCUCCUGGCACGGUCGCCUCGUCUUACCCUACCUCGAAAGUCGGCCCACAAAGAACAACAAAGACUGCGCAGAAAUUGAAACUUUUGCCCGACCCUAUAACAGAGGAGGAGCUUGAUGAGGAGACGUCGCCUUCGGAUGUUUACAGGCAAAUCGCGCGAAUCAAGGAACCCGCUGCCCGCAGCCUUGCGGCAAGACUAGGAAAAGCUGAUCGAGACCGAUUACCUCGAGUAUCGGCGUACUGCACGGCCAAUUCAUAUCGUUUAGAUGGCGUGUUCAAGUUCUUGAAGUCUCGGUCCAAAACCCGCGGUGCCAAUCCAAAACUAUUUGACGAAUGCGUCUAUUCGCGAUUCGACUACAAACACGAGGAGAAACAGAAAUUUGGGACGGACUCGAAUAAUGUUGAUGCGGACAAUACUCAUACUGUCGAGCGAGCACCUAGGGAACGCAGGUUCUCCGACAGCGCGGUAGAAGUAAAUGACCAAAGAGAGGAGCUUAUUGAUCUACAUGAUCACAAUGCCCACCAACAAAAUUCGAAUGAAGAACCUGUGCUUGAGAAUGCUCCGGAUAUUGACACCACUAUUGAAGCCCCAGAAGUGUUUCUUUUUGAUUAUGGUACCGUCGUCAUAUGGGGCAUGUCACCAGCCCAAGAGUCUCGAUUUUUAUCGGAUAUAUCAAAAUUCGCAACCUCAAUUCUCAGCCCGGACGACCUUCAGGUCGAGAAUUUCAACUUCUAUUAUGCCCGUGAAUACCAAGCCCGGAUAUACAAUGAUUUUAUUUCUCUGCGUGAUCCCCGGAAUUAUAUGAUAAAACUCGCCAUUUCACACGCUUUAUCUCAGUCCGUGAAGACGUCCCUUUUUGAAGACCUCGUUUCUGAAACUAUAUCGAACACCGCACCAUUACCGGCUCAGAUUGCGCAGACGGGAAGCGUCAACCUCACAAGACAACAGAUCAAUAUGCAAGUCGGAGAGCUAUUCAUCCUUCGUAUAAACAUCCACCUGCAGGGUUCAGUGUUGGAUAGUCCGGAGUUGAUGUGGGCAGAACCCCAAUUAGAGCCCGUAUACCAAGCUGUCCGAAGCUAUUUGGAGAUGGACCAGCGCGUGACUCUUUUGACCGAACGAUUAGAUGUAAUAGCGGAUCUUCUUGCAGUGCUGAAAGAUCAAUUAACUCACCGUCAUGGUGAGUAUCUCGAGUGGAUAGUCAUCGUUCUUAUUGCCGCAGAGAUUCUUGUGGCCGCCAUCAACAUUGUUGUGGAUUUGUACGCUGGUGUUGAAUAG